AUGGAGGAGAAACAACCUUUAAUAAAAAUAUCAUCUGAUUUGUCUGAUGAGAAUUUCAAUACGAAAGAUAAUAAUUUAACUGAUUGGAAAAGACUUUUCAGUCGACAAAAAAUUCAUCAUAAAUAUGAAAAUUUCAAUGAACAAACUGAAGAAUUAUCAAAAACUACGACAAAGAAUAUUUUUCAUUUGUUAAAAUAUUCGGAUCGUUUAACACUUUUUUGUUUAUUAAUUGGUUUAAUUUUAAUAAUUAUUCAUGCAUUUUGUGUUCUUGCAAAUUUAAUUUUAUUUGGUCAAAUUACAGGAAUCUUUGCCAAUCAAUUAUUUUCUACUGAAUGUUAUAAUCAACAUGAAAAUCUUCAAACUUCAUUUAUACGGGAAAAAGAUUGUCCAAAAGGAAUUGAACUUCAUUCAAAUCAUUUUAAUUAG